AUGUGUCGUUUUAUGAUAUAUAAGGGCCGUGAGCCCAUGGUACUAUCCGACUUAUUAACAAAACCAGCACAUUCCAUCAUCAAUCAGUCCUUUGAUUCUAGAUUAAGAAUUGAUAUGCGGAACCCGAUAAAUGGAGAUGGCUUUGGUGUUGGAUACUAUUCACUGAAGAAUCAGCCGUGUAUAUUUAAGGCAAUAACUCCAGCGUGGAAUAAUGUGAAUUUGAACAACUUAUCUAUGUGUACUGAGUCGCAUUUGGUAUUUGGACAUGUCAGAGCUUCGACGCAAGGUGUCUUGGCAGAGACUAACUGCCAUCCAUUUUCCUUUGGGAAGAUCAUGUUUAUGCAUAACGGAGGUAUUCUGUCAUUUGAUUCAAUAAAGAAAAAGCUAAUUAAUCACUUGGAUGAUCAAUUUUUCCUCUAUAUCCAAGGAUCGACAGAUUCCGAAUGCUGUUUUGCACUCUUUUUGGAUACUUUGUUAAAGAUGGGCUAUAAUCCUUCUGACAAAAUGACAGCUUUCACCCAUACAAUCUUGCGACAAGCAUUACUUACAACGAUUGAGCUUAUCAAAAAUUGGCAAACCCAGAUUACUAACGAACCAUCAUUGAUGAAUUUUGCGGUUACAGAUGGAGAGCUGAUCGUGGUAAGUCGUUAUAUUACAUCUAAAACAGACGAAGCUGCAUCACUUCAUUUCAGUACUGGGUCUAAAUUUUUUGAAUAUGAACCCGGAUUAUUUAAAAUGGAAAGAUUGAAUAGAUCUCAAGAUGUUAUUUUUGUAGCAAGUGAACCUUUGACCUUUGAGAGAGGUGAUUGGAUUUGUGUACCAACAAAUUCCACUAUAACUAUAACCAAGAACAAUACAGUCCUUAUGCAUCCAAUUGAAGACGAAUUUUAUGAUGGUGGUAUGAUAGAGAGAUCAUCAGGGUUGGCUAUGAGUAAGGGUUUAAUGGGCGGCGUUCCAACUAAGAGUCAUAAUGAAUCAGAAACAUCAUUAGAAAACGAAGUAGAUUCAUCAAUUGCCGAGUUGCCUCCUUUAGAAAGAGAGGGACGUAAGGCAAACUCAGAGUCAGCGAUAGUUUAA